AGAAUAUCAUUAUGAUCCCGUGACAACUAGCUUCGAAACUUCAGGAAAAACGUCAGUAAACUUUCUGGAUAGCUUUACUUGGCGGUUCCUUCACAAAACAAACAUCAUGGAUACCGGAAAGUGCAGCUUCAGCUCGAUAGUCUGUGGAAAAGUUUGAGUCUUUACAUCCCGGAUUUUUGUACUGAACUUCCUCUGCUGGCGUUUGUUCUGGGAAACUUAGUCAAAGAGGCUUGGGCAAAAAGUAUGUGAGAGUCUGUCUACCUUUGAUAGUCAUUAGGUCUGAUAGAGGGCAGGAGAGGAUUAUCAGGAUUUUUCAAGGCUACAGUUCAAGCCACAAGGAUCAAGUUAGCAUAGCCCUACUUUAAUCCACAACCCGCUCAAGAAUGGAUUGCCAGUUGUGUUUUUGAGCCGUGCUCCAGAGCGGAGCACUAAGGAUCCACUGUUACACAGAGCUGCCUUCACUGAGCCCGGUCAGGAAGAACGAUCAGGAUGGACGCACACUCAAACUGCCCUAACGUCAGUAUCCCCUGCCACAAUGAGCAGAGAGACAAGAAAAAACGUUAUACUGUUUACAAAGUGAUGGUCAGAGUUGGAAGGCACGAGUGGUUUGUAUUCAGGAGAUAUACAGAAUUUGAUAAACUAUAUAAUACAUUGAGAAAACAGUUUCCUGGGAUGAAUUUGAAGAUACCUGCCAAGAGAAUAUUUGGCGACAACUUUGACCCAGAAUUUAUAAAGCAGAGAAGAACGGGGUUACACGAGUUCAUUCAGAAAAUCGUGUCCCAUCCACAGCUCAGCAAUCACCCUGAUGUUCGAGACUUUCUCCAAAUGGACAAAACCCAGAAUGUCUCAGAUGCUUCAGAGGAUGAAGAUGAGAAGAACAAUUCUACCUCCAGAAACAUUAACCUGGGACCAUCUGCAAACCCUCAGGCAAAACCAACUGACUUUGACUUCCUGAAAGUCAUCGGUAAAGGGAGCUUUGGAAAGGUUCUCCUUGCAAAGAGGAAACGAGAUGGGAAGUGUUAUGCAAUCAAAGUCCUUCAGAAGAAAGUAAUUUUAAAAAGGAGGGAGCAAAAACACAUCAUGGCUGAGCGCAAUGUGCUGCUAAAAAACGUGAAGCACCCUUUUCUAGUUGGAUUGCACUAUUCCUUCCAGACGACAGAUAAGUUGUACUUUGUCCUGGAUUUCGUCAACGGUGGAGAACUUUUCUUUCACCUUCAAAAAGAGCGAACCUUUCCCGAGUCCAGGGCGAGGUUCUACAUUGCUGAGAUGGCCAGCGCUCUGGGCUAUUUACACUCCCUCAACAUUGUUUACAGGGAUUUGAAACCAGAAAAUAUCCUGUUGGACUUCCAAGGACAUAUAGUCUUGACAGAUUUUGGACUGUGCAAAGAAGGGAUCUCUCAAGCAGACACGACCUCCACUUUUUGCGGGACACCGGAGUAUUUGGCUCCAGAGGUCUUGAGAAAGCAGCCCUACGACAACACUGUGGACUGGUGGUGUCUCGGUUCUGUAUUAUACGAGAUGCUCUAUGGCCUGCCUCCAUUCUACAGUAGGGACACGCAUGAAAUGUAUGAUAACAUCCUGCAUAAGGAGCUGCCAAUGCGCCCCGGGGCAUCCACGGCCGCCUGGUCCAUUUUACAAGCUCUUCUGGAGAAAGACAACACCAGGAGACUGGGAUACAAAGAUGACUUUAAUGAAGUUAAAAGUCAUAUAUUUUUUGCUUCCAUUAACUGGGACGACCUUUUGGAGAGAAGGAUCCCGCCUCCGUUUAAUCCCAGUGUGGAGUCCCAAUAUGAUAUAUCAAAUUUUGACCCUGAGUUCACAGAAGAAACUGUACCCAACUCGGUGUGCAUCUGCAAGGAUAACUCCAUUGUCAAUGCUAGCGUCAUGGAGGCUGAUGAUGCUUUUCUGGGCUUUUCCUACGCACCACCUUCAGAUGACUCCUUCCUGUAAAAUUGCUAAAGAACUGAUCUAUUUUAUGCAUUUACAUAGAAAUGGUUUGGCCGUGCUCCUUCAUUCAGAAAGCGAAAAAAAUAUAAAGACCAAACCAAGGCAUUCUACGCUUGUACAUCUUAUGAUGCAGGGUUUUUCGAUUUUUUUAUUUUUUAAUUUCUGUACAACAGGUUUAUAUUUUGUAUUGCAUAAAUGUGUAUACCUGAGAAAUGUUUAUAGCUCAGGAAUUCUAUUAUAAUAUUGUUAUUGCUCACUUCUCUAGAGUAUUUUCUACAGUGGCAUUUGUUGUGUCAGGGAAGUCGGGUAAUGAACUUGAAACCGUGUGUGUGUGUGUGUGUGUGUGUGUGUGUGUGUGUGUGUGUGUAAACAUUCCAUAUUUCAAUAUCUCUAAUGAACUUUAUUGUUCAUGGCACUUAUGAUUGUUUGGUUUGUUCUCCUUUAAAGAAUGUCUUAGUAGAAUAAUUUAGAAGACAAUUUUCCCAAGAGCAUUUGCAAGAUUUCUCUUUCUUUCUUUUUUUUUUUCUUUUUUUUUUUUUUUCUUACCAAAGAUAUGUUUUGUAAUAGCAUAAACAUGGAAAAAUUUAAGUCAAUUGUAUAACUGUGGAAAGUAAACGAGUAAACUGUG